GAUCUCUGUUUACGGAGAGAGCCGGUCCAACUUGGGCUCCAUCUCUGCAUUCCCUGCCGUUUGGGGCUCAGCCCACUGAAGCGGGGAGAAAACGCGGCGGAGCCGUCCCCCCCGCCCCCACUGCCCAAAGAGGUCGGACGAUGUCCCCCAAGACAGCCGGACCCCCCGACGGGGGCUGGGGCUGGGUGGUGGCCGCCGCAGCCUUCUCGGUGAACGGGCUCUCCUACGGCGUCUUACGCUCCCUGGGCCUUGCCCUCCCUGACCUCGCGGAACACUUCGACCGAAGCGCCCAGGACACUGCGUGGGUCAGCGCCCUGGCCUUGGCCGUGCAGCAGGCAGCCAGCCCAGUGGGCAGUGCCCUGAGCACACGCUGGGGUGCGCGCCCCGUGGUGAUGGCUGGGGGCGUCCUUACUUCGCUGGGCUUCGUCUUCUCGGCUUUCGCCCAAAGCCUGCUGCACCUGUACCUCGGCCUGGGCCUUCUCGCUGGCUGCGGCUGGGCCCUGGCCUUCGCCCCUGCCCUCGGUACCCUCUCCCGUUACUUCUCCCGCCGUCGGGUCUUGGCGGUGGGGCUGGCACUCACGGGCAAUGGGGCCUCUUCUCUGCUCCUGGCGCCCGCCUUGCAGCUCCUCCUUGAUACUUUCGGCUGGCGGGGCGCCCUGCUGCUCCUUGGCGCUGUCACCUUCCACCUCACUCCCUGUGGAGCCCUGCUGCGCCCCCUGGCCCUCCCCGGUGACCCCCCGGCCCCACCUCGGGGUCCUCUAGCUGCCCUGGGUCUGGGUCUCUUCAAGCGCCGGGCUUUUUCAGUCUUCGCUCUGGGCACAGCCCUGAUUGGGGGCGGGUACUUCAUCCCCUACGUGCACUUGGCUCCCCACGCUUUAGACCGGGGCCUAGGGGGCUACGGGGCAGCGCUGGUGGUAGCUGUGGCUGCAGUUGGGGAUGCGGGCGCCCGGCUGGUCUGCGGGUGGCUGGCAGACCAGGGCUGGGUGCCCCUUCCAAGGCUGCUGGCUGUGUUCGGGGCCCUGACAGGGCUGGGGCUGCUGGCAGUGGGACUGGUGCCCUCGGUGGGGAGCGACGACAGUUGGGGGGCCUCGCUGCUGGCCGCAGCUGGGGCCUACGGGCUGAGUGCUGGAAGUUACGCCCCGCUGGUUUUCGGCGUGCUGCCUGGGCUAGUGGGCAUCGGAGGUGUGGUGCAGGCCACAGGGCUGGUGAUGAUGCUGAUGAGCCUGGGGGGCCUCCUGGGUCCCCCCCUGUCAGGCUUCUUAAGGGAUGAGACAGGAGACUUCACCGCCUCUUUCUUGAUGUGCAGUUCUUUCAUCCUCUCUGGCAGCUUCAUCUACAUGGGGCUCCCCAGGGCGCUCCCCUCCUGCCAUCCAGCCUCACCUCCGCCUACCCCUCCCCCGGAGAGGGGGGAGUUGCUCCCUGUCCCCACAGUUGUCCUGCUCCCCCCAGGAGGCCCUCAAUCCACUGUGGAGGCCACAUGUUGAUCGUUGUCUCAUUUGAGCCUCUCCCUCCAAUAAAGAAUUUUUAUCUGAU